CAAAUGAUGAUACAGAUACAGGAAGGAGGACAAAACAAAGAGAGACAGUGGGGAUCCUAACAGGAGCUCGGCGUCUCUCCCAUUCCCGUAUUUGUCACAAUCAGAAACCCUAGCUUUCUACUUCUAUUUUUCUCUAUCUACUUCUCUAUUCCUCUUCCAAUCCAUGCUCUACCAACCUCGAUCUCUCUUCCCCCUCCAAGACAUGACCGUCCGAUCCCAAAAACCCUAAUUCCCUCCCCACCAUUAUUGUCCAAAUUGAGAGGGUCUUUCUCUGUUUGUACGUCCAGACAUAUUAGUGACCGAUAUAUAAACGGCCACAGAGCUUGAAAUCUUUGGCCUUUUCGAAUCCCGGGCAUCGUGUAAGAGCUAGUGAGGUAUUUGGACAGAAAUUAUGUAUCGGGAUCGAGGAGGUGGAGGUGGGUCGUCGAGAUCAGAAAUCGUGGCAGGCCCGCUGGAUCGCAAGCGCAUCAACGAUGCGCUGGACAAGCACCUAGAGAAGUCGUCCCCGUCCACUUCGAGGGGUGGUCUCAACAGUAAGGACAAAGAAAAGCUCUCUGUGCCUUCCACGUCCACCGGUAAAUCGCAGCAGCUUGAUCCUCGCGAUUCUCGCCCAACUUCGCUUUCCAAGAACAAGUGUUCCGAUGAGGAAUCUGAAACAGACAGUGAAGAGUCGGAUGUUAGUGGUUCUGAUGGAGAUGAUACAUCAUGGAUUUCGUGGUUUUGCAAUUUGCGAGGAAAUGAAUUUUUCUGUGAAGUUGAUGAUGAAUACAUUCAGGAUGAUUUCAAUCUUUGCGGCUUGAGCAGUCAAGUUCCAUAUUAUGAUUAUGCGCUUGACCUGAUUUUGGACGUUGAGUCUUCUCAUGGUGACAUGUUCACUGAAGAGCAGAAUGAAUUGGUUGAGUCAGCAGCAGAGAUGCUGUAUGGUCUUAUACAUGUUCGAUACAUACUGACCAGCAAGGGAAUGACCGCAAUGUUAUUAAAUCUUCUGCAGUUAGAGAAGUACAAAAACUAUGAUUUUGGAAGAUGCCCUAGAGUUUACUGCUGUGGACAACCCUGCCUCCCAGUUGGCCAGUCAGACAUUCCUCGCUCAAGCACUGUAAAAAUCUACUGCCCCAAAUGUGAAGAUAUAUAUUACCCUCGAUCCAAGUACCAAGGCAAUAUUGAUGGCGCUUAUUUUGGAACCACGUUUCCCCACUUAUUUCUAAUGACAUAUGGACACCUAAAGCCACAAAAAGCAAUACAGAGCUAUGUUCCAAGAGUUUUUGGCUUCAAGAUCCACAAGCCGUGAGAUUAGAGGCAUGUUUGAUGAAUGGAGCCGGAAAUCGAGGGGGGGCAAAACCAUGAUUUAUGAAGCGUGGCGCCUGCUUAGCCAUUCGAAAACAAAAUUACAAAAAACAGAUAAAAUUGCAAAUCGAGUGACAUUGAUUACCCCCACUUAAAACAUUAUUAAAGGUAGACAACCAAAUGUGAUUGGUAUUAUUCUUUUAUUUUUAUUUUACCAUUGCAUGUUUGUUGAGAACGGGGGGGGGGAAAAAGCUUAAAAUCAUGAUAAUUUGUUUGGCAAGCAACAUAUAACGAACA